CGGCCAUGUUGGGUGUAUGUUACAGCAGGAAUGUGUAUAUCAACAAAGGGAUCGAACAUAAUAUGUGACUUGUGAUCAAUAAAUCCUGGCUGAUUAAUAGACGGUGUAUUUGUCAGGAGAGGAGACAAGAACAGAAAUACAUGAAGCAAGGCUAUGAAGAAAUCUAUUAACAGAACCAAUUCUAACUCUGAAAAAUCAAGCAUUUUUUCAGAUUCCUGUAUGUUCUCAAAGGAGAUAGUAAACAUAAACCCCAAACCUUUCUCGUGUUCUGAAUGUGGAAAAUGUUUUGCACUUAAUUUGAAUUGUGUUAACCAUCAGAGAACCCACACAGGAGAGAAACCGUUCUCAUGUUCUGAAUGUGGAAAAUGUUUUAUCACUAAAGCAGUGCUUGUCUGUCAUCAGAGAAUUCACACAGGAGAGAAGCCUUUCUUAUGUAGUAAAUGUGGGAAAUGUUUUGCCGGGAAAGGAGAACUUGCCCUUCAUCAGAGAACUCACACAGGAGCGAAACCAUUCUCAUGUUCUGAAUGUGGAAAAAGUUUUGUCAAAAAGGCACAUCUUGUCCGUCAUCAGAGAACUCACACAGGAGCGAAACCAUUCUCAUGUUCUGAAUGUGGAAAAAGUUUCUUCAUAAAUUCAGAGCUUGUCCGUCAUCAGAGAACUCACACAGGAGCGAAACCAUUCUCAUGUUCUGAAUGUGGAAAAAGUUUCUUCAUAAAUUCAGAGCUUGUCCGUCAUCAGAGAACUCACACAGGAGAGAAACCAUUUUCAUGUUCUGUAUGUGGAAAUAGUUUUGGGCAUCAUUCAAAUCUUGUUAGACAUCAGAGAACUCACACAGGAGAGAAGCCUUUCUUAUGUAGUAAAUGUGGGAAAUGUUUUGCUGGGAAAGGAGAACUUGCCCUUCAUCAGAGAGGUCACACAGGAGCGAAACCAUUCUCAUGUUCUGAAUGUGGAAAAAGUUUCUUCAUAAAUUCAGAGCUUGUCCGUCAUCAGAGAACUCACACAGGAGCGAAACCAUUCUCAUGUUCUGAAUGUGGAAAAAGUUUCUUCAUAAAUUCAGAGCUUGUCUGUCAUCAGAGAACUCACACAGGAGAGAAACCAUUCUCAUGUUCUGAAUGUGGAAAAUGUUUUUACACAAAUGCAGAGCUAGUUCGUCAUCAAAGAACACACACAGGAGAGAAACCGUUCACAUGUUCUGAAUGUGGAAAAUGUUUUGUCAAAAAGGCACCUCUUGUCCGUCAUCAGAGAACACACACAGGAGAGAAACCAUUCUCAUGUUCUGAAUGUGAAAAAUGUUUUGUCACAAAUUCACAUCUUGUCCGUCAUCAGAGAACACACACAGGAGAGAAACCGUUCACAUGUUCUGAAUGUGAAAAAUGUUUUGUCACAAAUGCAGAGCUUGUCCGUCAUCAGAGAACACACACAGGAGAGAAACCGUUCUCAUGUUCUGAAUGUGGAAAAUGUUUUGGGCAUCAUUCAAAUCUUGUCAGUCAUCAAAGAACACACACACGAGAAAAAACAUUCUCAUGUUCUGAAUGUGAAAAAUGUUUUGUCACAAAUGCAGAGCUAGUUCGUCAUCAAAGAACACACACAGGAGAGAAACUGUUCUCAUGUUCUGAAUGUGAAAAAUGUUUUGUCAAAAAGGCACAGCUUGUCUGUCAUCAGAGAAAACAUACAGGAGAGAAACCGUUCUCAUGUUGAGUAUGUAGAAAUUGGUUUGGGCAACAUUCAAGUCUUGUUAGACAUCAGAGAACUCACACAAGUGAGGUGAUUUUAUAAUGCAUCUAUGGAUUAUUAUAGAAAUAAAAUCUUGAAUUGUGA